AUCUCAAAAUUCAGUAUAGACAAUGUAUUGUGUUUCAUAAGUGUCCCUCUUUAAGAUAAUAAUCUGAAUUGUAUAAAAGUGUAUUUGGGGGGACAAAUUACAACCAAAUUACAAUAUUUGUAAUAAUAAUAAUCUGUCAUAAUUUUUUAUAUCAUCUGUAUAAUUUAAAUGAACUAAUCUAACAAACUGACAAGGUGACACAGUGGCUUUGAUGACUCAGCCACAGAGACCUGGUGGGGCAGCUUUUAACACAGCCCCCUGUGACUCAGGUCAGACAUAUUUCCCAUGAAGCAAUGUGUCAGCUGUCUGAGUGUGGGUGGAUGUUCCUGGGGAGUGGGUAGGGGUAGGGUUGGAGGUGGGAAAGAGGGACUGAAGCAUGGAUAUUGCAUUUCAUGUUCCAGAAAGAAGCCCAUAGCUCCACACCGAGCACCCAGUCUAUAAAUAACCUCCCAGUUGGAGCUCAGUUGAAGGGUCAGGACAGCUGAGGGAGAGGGCCGCCCCUGGGUUCAGCUGGUGUGGGCUAAUAGCAGACUGACUGUGCUUCUGAAUCCUCUUUCCAGCCUAGAAAUUAGAACUACUCUGCUAAAAAGAAGACUUUUUGUUUGAUUUGCAGCCCCUGAAAGGCUCUUUAUACUCACCUGCCACUAAAAAUGGCUCUACCUAUAAACCCCAUGGACGAGCCCAGGAUGUACCAGCAGACGCUGCUCCAGGACGGUCUGUACGACUUGCUGGAGAAUGACAAGCUGGUCGACUGUGUGCUGAAGAUCAAAGACAAGGAGUUCCCCUGCCACCGGCUGGUCCUGUGCGCCUGCAGCUCGUACUUCCGCUCCAUCUUUCUAUCUGACCUAGAAGAGAGCAAAAAGAGGGAGAUUGUCCUUGAGGAUGUGGAGCCUGGAGUCAUGGGGCUGAUCCUCAAGUACCUGUACACCUCCAAAAUCAAUGUGACGGAGCAGAAUGUUCAGGACAUCUUCGCUGUGGCUAAUGUGUACCAGAUCCCUUCGAUUUUCACUGUAUGUGUCUCUUUCCUACAAAAGCGCCUGAGCCUCAGCAACUGCCUGGCUGUCUUCAGACUUGGCCUGAUGCUAGACUGUCCCAGGUUGGCUGUCUCUGCCCGAAACUACGCCUGUGAGCGCUUCCAGCUCAUCUCCAGAGAUGAGGAGUUCCUUCAGCUGCUCCCCAGCGAGCUGGCAGCCAUUUUAACAAACGACAACCUGAACGUAGAGACAGAAGAGGCCGUGUUUGAGGCUUUGAUAAACUGGGUGUCCCGGGAUGCAGAGAACAGAGAGAAAGAGCUGCCAGGUAUGCUGGAUUGCGUUCGUUUGCGUCUGGUCAAUGAAGAUUACCUGAAAGAAAAAGUGGAGAAACACAAACUGAUGUCUUCAAAUCCUGAGUUGCAGCAGAAACUCCAGCUGGUUAGGGAUGCUCGUGCCGGGAAAAUACCUGAGGUUAAAAAAAGCAAGAAGGAGAAUGGUGGAGCAGAAAAAGACGGAGAGGGGGAGGAUAACGAGGAGGAAGAAGAAGGUCUUCUUCCAGGCAUCCUGAAUGACAACCUCAGAUUUGGCAUGUUUGUCAGGGACUUGAUACUGAUGGUCAAUGACACGGGUGCUGUGGCAUAUGAUCCGUCAGGGAACGACUGCUUUGUAGCAUCACUGUCCACACAGAUUCCCAAGAACCACACCAGCCUGGUCACCAAGGAGAACCAGAUUUUUGUGGCAGGAGGAUUAUUCCUCGAUGAACAGAACAAGGAAGAUCCCCUGUGCUCCUAUUUCCUGCAGUAUGACCCGGUCAGCGCCGAUUGGCUGGGGAUGCCUCCGAUCCCGUCUCCCCGUUUCCUGUUCGGGCUGGCCGAGGCAGAGAACUCCAUCUUUGUGUUGGGAGGGAGGGAGCUGAAGGAGCAGGAGCACACGCUGGACUCAGUUUUGGUCUACGACAGACAAUCUUUUAAAUGGGGUGAAUCAGAAUCAAUUCCUUACCCAGUUUAUGGACACGCAACGAUAUCCCACAAUGAUGUUGUCUAUGUGAUUGGAGGAAAGGGGGACAACAAGAGCUGUCUAAGAAAGAUGUGUGCAUAUGAUGCCAAGAGAUUUGAAUGGAAGGAGCUUCCGUCCAUGAAGAUCGCACGCUCCUUAUUUGGAGCCACCGUUCACAAGGACAAAAUAUAUGUGGCAGCAGGAGUCACCGACAACGGCCUGACAGACUCUGUGGAGGUGUACGACAUCGCUACCAAGACGUGGUCAGACUUCGUAGCGUUUCCUCAGGAGCGUAGCUCUCUGAACCUGGUGUCUUCAGCUGGCUCGCUGUACGCUAUAGGAGGUUUUGCCAUGAUGCCUUUGGAGGACAGUGAGGAGAUCGUUCCCAAAGAGAUGAACGAUAUCUGGAGGUACAAUGAGUCAGAGAGAACGUGGAACGGGAUCCUCAGAGAGAUCCAGUACGCUUCAGGGUCCACCAUUCUGGGGGUCCGCCUCAACACCCUGCGUCUCACCAAGAUGUAAAACCACCUCCGGUGCCUGUUUGUCCACAAAAAAAAAAAAAAUCAAUGCUGGAGUCCACAGUAGUUUUACAGCAGUCCAAGGACAGGUACAGUUGUGCUCAAGGUCACAAUGACAUACAACAUGAGCACAUUUGUCACGAAUCAGCUUGUGUGUUUGGUGUUCUCCUUGUUUUAUUUUACAUAAUGUGACAGCAGUUCUAAAUGUGCAGCUACUUAUGAUUCUGGCCUAAUGUCAUGGACAGUUUUCUUUUUUAAUUAAUGACAUUUUUAUAUGUUACUGACUCAGUUUGUAAAAUUGUAAACAAUAUGUAGUUGUUGAUUUUUUUGCAAUGAAUGGAAUAAAAUUUAAGUAUUUAAGUACCAACCAAAAAAA